CCGCCCCGCUGGCCCAGAGACUCUGCCCCUCCGGCGUCCGAGGCCGACCUCCCGCGGGACCCGUGGCGCCCUGAGGACUCGCGGCCGGGUCAGGCUCCCGGUGGCCGGUGGCCGGCGCCAUGGAGGCCUUCAUCCGCUUCACCAACCAGACCCAGGGCCGCGACCGGCUCUUCAGAGCCACUCAGUACACAUGCAUGUUGCUUAGGUAUUUGUUAGAGCCUAAAGCUGACAAAGAGAAGGUGGUAAUGAAGCUCAAGAAAUUGGAGUCUAGUGUGAGCUCUGGCCGCAAAUGGUUCAGGCUGGGCAACGUGGUCCACGCUGUGCAGGCCACUCAGCAGAGCAUUCACGCCACGGACCUGGUGGCCCGCUUCUGCCUGACCCUCGCCAACCUGAACCGUGUGGUCUACUUCAUCUGUGACGCCGUCCUCUGGGUGAGGAGUGUAGGGCUCGCCUCCAGCAUUAACAAGGAGAAAUGGCGAAUGUGGGCCGCACGCCACUACUGCUAUUCCCUCCUGCUGAGCCUGCUCAGGGAUCUGUACGAAAUCUCCCUGCAGAUGGAACGGGCCGCACAGGACAAGGCCAAGAGGGCCAAGUCGCUCUCCCAGGAUCCUCUGGGGUACAGCGUGGCCGAUGAGGAAACAGAAUGGCUCCAGUCCUUCCUCCUGCUCCUGUUCCGAUCGCUGCGACGGCACCCUCCCUUGCUCCUGGACACGGUGAAGAACCUCUGUGACAUCCUGAACCCUCUGGACCAGUUGGGCAUCUAUAAGUCCAACCCCGGCAUCAUUGGACUCGGGGGGCUCGUGUCCUCGGUGGCUGGGAUCAUCACGGUGGCCUGGCCUCACCUGAAGCUGAAGAUCCACUGAGGCGGCUCCAGGCUGACAACGCGCAGCUCCUGGGGGGGAUGGACAUUUGCGUGGGGCACGGACCAUGCUUGGGUCAGUCUGUGCUUAACGACUUGUUCCCAUGAGCAUUCAGGGGCCUGGUGCGUGAGCAGAGGUCGGGCCAAGGAUGGAGGAGGGAGAGCAUGAAGAUUUACAUGUUGUUUGGAGUGCUGCGAUUACUUCUGAAUUUCUGAGUAUUUUCCCUCCGUCUAACAUUCAUUGAGCCUCUCUUCUGCACAUAGUGGGAGCUUGGUGUUUGCUGAAUAAACAUGGAAAGAAAACAAGUGAACUAAACAAAGAAAACUAAUAAGUGGACGCUAACACACAGCAGUGUUUGGGCUGUGCCGCCUCACUGCUUUUGUUCACCUACGGCUGGUCUGACUCACAGCCCUCAGAUCAGCAGAGGCCCCUUCCCCCACAGGCCCAUGCGGAUGGUGGGAGCUGGGCUUACAGCCUCGGGAAUCGCUCCCCCUGACAUCACUGCACUCCUGUCCUUCUGUCCGGAAGUGGGAUCAGAAAGGCAUCGGGCACCUCCAAGGUAUCAGUUGUGUCCGAGGUAGUGCAGUGACCAGGCACUUAGAAAGAACUUGAGGCAAAAAGAACGUGGAAGGUCACCACGGGGUAGCCGUGACAGAGGAGGACACGGGGUUUAAAGAAGGCCGAGGCCAGAACCUCAUUCCUCUGACUGCCAGUCCAAGGUCGCUCAGUCCUGAGUUCAAGAGCCGGAGCCGGGACUCAGCAUUAUUCAUUGCCCCGCCUCUGUGAUAGCUCACUGCCGUCUGGUGGAGGCGAGUGGGAGACUCGGAAUUCGGUGCAAGAAGCCUUUCUGAGAAUCUGUGUUGGUCAGUGGUUUCUAUUUUCUCCAAAAAUUAAAAUUAUAGGGUGCCCCUCCCCCCAAAAAAAUGUAUACACACACUUUGAAUAAUUACAAAAGCCGUGUUUAUUAAAAUUCAUCUUAUUUUCAAAAUUGA